GAACAUUUUCUGGACGGAACAGUAAUGAGACGCACCGCUAACACUUCCUAACGUCUAUGUUCCUAACACAGCUCGUCAAUUCAUUACUUUUAACGAACCAAAUACGUUCUUGUAGUUUUGACAUAUGACUUCAACCAUGAUUCCAUACACUGUCAAUAUUAAACUGGCUGCACGAACAUUGACCGGAACCCUUAAUUUACAGAACAAGACAGCAGUAGAUUGGGGAUGGCAGGGACUGAUUGCUCAAGGCUGUCACUCAAGUAUCCUCAUCAUUGAUCCAAAAACAGCUCAGGCCAUUCAGGUCCUGGAGAGACACAAAGCAAGUGUCGUCAAGGUAAAAUGGUCCAGAGAAAACUAUCACCACAGUCUCAGCUCACCCUACUCUCUUCGCCUGGCAUCUGCAGAUGCAGCAGGGAAGAUUAUUGUGUGGGAUGUGGUGAGUGGUAUGGCACACUGUGAGAUCCAGGAACACACCAAACCUAUUCAGGAUAUGGACUGGCUGUGGGCUCAGGAUGCUUCUCGUGAUCUUCUUCUGGCUGUCCACCCUCCCAACUAUAUUGUUCUGUGGAACGGAGACACUGGCACCAAGCUGUGGAAGAAGAGCUAUGCUGAGAACAUCCUGUCUUUUUCCUUUGACCCGUUUGAGCCCUCCAAUCUGGCAUUGCUGACCAGUGAGGGAAUAGUGUUCAUCACAGAUUUCUCACACUCUAAACCACCGGGUAGUGGAGGUAAAAAGGUUUAUAUCGCCAGUCCUCAUUCCAGCCCUGCCCAUAGCAAACCUGCUGCAGCUCAACCCACCGGUGCCAAAAAAGCCCUCAAUAAGGUCAAAGUGCUCAUCACCAAUGAGAAACCUACGGCUGAAGCAGUGACUCUUAAUGACUGUCUCCAGCUGUCAUAUCUGCCGUCUAAGAGGAACCACAUGUUGCUGUUGUACCCCAGAGAGAUUCUCAUCCUAGACUUGGAGCUCAGUCAGACCGUUGGAGUGGUUGCCAUUGAGCGCUCUGGCGUGCCAUUUAUACAGGUGAUUCCUUGUGCACAGAGAGAUGCUCUAUACUGCCUCCAUGAGAAUGGUUGCAUUACACUGCGUGUGUGCCGUUCCACAACACCUUCUCCUAAUGAAACAGUGGCCGAUCCAGAGCAGAAUGUUCAAGAGCUGGUAUAUGAUCUCCGCUCCCAGUGUGAUGCCAUCCGUGUGACUAAGACAGUUCGGCCCUACCGAGUGGUGAUCUGUCCUGUCAAUGAGAACAGUGCUGCACUGAUAGUCAGUGAUGGAAGGGUAAUGCUGUGGGACCUCAAAGCUAAUGCCAGUAAAUCUUCAUCCAGCCUGAGUUCUGGCUUGCCUCCUUUGUAUUCUCCUGUGAAUUUCUGUGGGACACCUUUACAUCAGAGUCAAAAAUGCAUCCCGGAUAUUUCUUUGAAUACAAUGAUAGGUCACAGUCUGAUUUCUGGAGUGGACUCCCCACGACCUCAGGCAAAUCAACAGGAAGUACAUCUGAAGUUCCUGUUGACAGGCCUGCUGUCUGGCCUGCCCUUGCCCCCAUUCUCCCUAAGGAUGUGCCCUCCACUUACCACCAAGAACAUCAACCACUACCAGCCCUUAUUGGCUGUGGGUACCAGCAAUGGCUCUGUGCUGGUGUACAACUUGACCAGUGGCCUCCUGCACAAAGAGCUAAGUGUCCAUUCUUGUGAAGUCAGAGGAAUCGAAUGGGUUAGUUUGACUAGUUUUCUGUCCUUUGCCACCUCUGUUCCCAACAACCUUGGGCUUGUGAGGAAUGAACUGCAACAUGUGGACUUGCGCACAGGGCGGUGCUUUGCAUUUCGAGGUGAACGUGGCAAUGAUGAACCAGCCAUUGAAAUGAUUAAAGUGUCCCAUCUGAAGCAGUACCUGGUGGUGGUGUUCAGAGAUAAACCUCUGGAACUCUGGGAUGUGCGCACAGGAACCCUUCUGCGUGAGAUGGCCAAGAACUUCCCUACUGUCACUGCCCUGGAGUGGUCUCCUUCUCAUAACCUUAAAAGUCUGAAGAAAAAGCAGCUAGCUGCACGAGAGGCCAUGGCCAGACAGACCACCCUCGCUGAUGUUGAACAGAGCAGUGUAGAGUCCUCUGUUAUAAGUCUGUUGCAGGAAGCUGAGAGUAAAUCUGAAAUGAGUCAGGGCAUAUCAGCUCGAGAACACUUUGUGUUUACUGACACAGAUGGACAAGUCUAUCACAUCACUGUGGAAGGCAACAACGUGAAGGACGGGGCACGUAUUCCACCUGAUGGCAGUAUGGGGAGUAUUGCCUGUAUUGCGUGGAAAGGAGACACCCUAGUUCUGGGAGAUGUAGAUGGAAACCUAAAUUUUUGGGAUCUAAAAGCUCGUCUUUCAAGGGCUGUACCUACACACCGCGGGUGGGUGAAGAAGAUUCGUUUUGCUCCUGGGAAAGGCAACCAAAAACUCUUGGUGAUGUACACAGAUGGAGCUGAGGUCUGGGACACCAAAGAGGUGCAGAUGGCGAGCAGCAUCCGAGUGGGGCGCAAUGUGAAUUAUAAGAUUCUGGAUAUUGACUGGUGUACAUCAGAUAAAGUGGUGCUGGCAUCAGAUGAUGGCUGCGUGAGAGUGCUGGAGAUGGCCAUGAAGUCUGCCAGUUAUAGAAUGGAUGAGCAGGACCUGACGGAUCCAGUAUGGUGUCCUUAUCUCCUAUUGCCACGUGCUGCUUUCACACUGAAGGCCUUCCUUCUACUGCAGCCAUGGUCCAACAAAUUCACCAUGGACAUUACUCAUGUAGACUACAUAGAAAAAAACGAAAUCAAGGGACUGAUCCAGGAACAGCUCAACUCUCUUUCUAAUGACAUCAAAAGUGUUCUCCAGGAUCCAAAUCUGAACUUGCUACAACGCUGCCUCCUUGUGUCUCGGCUGUUUGGUGAUGAAUCAGACCUUCAGUUUUGGACAGUGGCUGCUCAUUACAUCCUGUCCUUUGCCCAGAGCUGCCAGCCCAGUGGAUCUGCCCCAGAAGGCCGAACACCAACUGAGGGCCAACAGAGCACCCCUUUCAGCCACCUGGACAUUUGCCACGACACCCUAUGUGAAAGCUCUUUCUUCCAGAGGUUUCAGCUGGAGCGUGUUCGUCUACAAGAAGUGAAACGAUCCAGCUAUGAACAUACAAAAAAGUGUGCUGAUCAGCUCCUGCUGCUGGGACAGACUGACCGUGCAGUGCAGUUGCUUUUGGAGACAAGUGCAGAUAACUCCAGCUACUACUGUGACUCUCUCAAAGCCUGUCUGGUGACAACUAUCACCUCAUCCGGCCCGUCUCAGAGCACCAUUAAACUGGUGGCCACAAACAUGAUUGCCAAUGGAAAACUUGCAGAGGGUGUGCAGUUGCUCUGCCUGAUCGACAAAGCAGCAGAUGCUUGCCGUUAUCUGCAGACGUAUGGAGAGUGGAACCAUGCUGCCUGGCUGGCAAAGGUGCGUCUGAACUCUGCAGAAAGUUCAGAUGUGCUGAAGCGCUGGGCAGAGCAUCUGUGUUCUCCUCAGGUAAAUCAGAAAUCAAAGGCCAUCCUGGUCCUGCUCUCAUUAGGAUGCUUUCACAAAGUGGGCAAAAUGCUUCACAGCAUGAGAUAUUUCGACCGUGCUGCACUCUUUAUUGAAGCCUGCUUGAAAUAUGGUGUGAUGGAGACAAAUGACGACAUUAAUAAGCUUAUAGGUGUGGCCUUUGUGGACUACGCUAAGCUGCUUCGCUCCAUCGGUCUGAAACAGGGUGCUGUGCUAUGGGCAUCUCGAGCUGGAGAGGCAGGAAAGGAGUUGCUGGAUGAGCUGUCCCAAACAGAGGGUACGGUGCUAGAGUCCAGCCCUAGUGAGGAGGAAGUGGAUAACUCUCUAGGUAAUAUAGAAUGACUUGCCCCAAAUGGAGGGAAAGGAGAAGAUAUGUAAAGAAAUACGAUGCAUAAAUAUCUUUAAAACUCACUCCCAUAAGCUUAUAGCACCCAUAAGCAUGCAAGUAGUUGAGAAACACAUGUAUUUUCAUUUAAAUUAAUUGUCUGGAUUCUAAAUCUUUUAAAUUCUCUGCUGGUUGUGAGAUUUGUUGUACCCCAAGACAUUCCCUUAGCACCUGUUAUCCUGCUGUAAAGUAUUCCAAACCUGUUCUUGCACUUACUUUAUCAACUAAACAUUGUCUUUGUGAAUUAAAACAAUCUAAAAUAAAGUAAAAAAUAAUGAUGAUAAUUAACAAAAAUACAUUUAGAAAAUCUUUAUGCCGUUAGUAUAGAGAGGGGUAAAAAACUUUUCUUUUUCCACUUGGAUCCAGGUCUCCAGAAAUUUACUGUAUUUGUAUAUUGUCUUGUUGAAAUCAGAUGUGACCUUAUAUGUUUGAUGUUUGGGCUUGAUGAAUGGACCUUUGUGUCUGUGAUUUACAAAAUAGUUGUUUUUUUGUUUGUUUUUUUAAUGAUUGAUUCAUUGAUUGUUGAAAUGCCCUGCCUUGUUUUGGUAUGAUUGUGAGUAAUGAUUUGUCAUGACUUCAUAAUUAAAUGUCAUUCCUGUUUAAAUAUUUGUCAUGAAUGUUUUAGGUGUUUGAGCUUACUGUAUGGAGAUAUAUAGGUAAAGCAAUAAAUAUAGCUUGUACCAUC